UCCAAUCACAAAACGCGUUGUUAGAACGUGGGCGGGGACUACAAAUUACAAAUCGUUCUGCUACAUACUGGAUACCCUGGAGAGUUUUACUCAACUACAAGUCCCGGUUACAUUUGUUAAUGCUUUCAGCGCACCAGGAAAGUAAUAUUUCAUUCAAGAAACACUUAAAAACGCUGUCUGGCCGGUCUCUCGUCCUAAAAACAACGGUAACGUUAACUAGCUAGCCACCUGUUGAUACAACGAGCAUCUUUGUUUACAUUUAUAGCGUAGCUAUGCUAGUCGGGGUGUUUUAAAGGUAGCAGCGUGUUGGUGAGUUAGAUAUCGGUGUGUUUACAAGUUGUAAGUGUUUGAGCAACUCACAGCCGACCUCAGUAAGUCAGGACAAGUUGAAUAGCUGAAGUUACCAUGCACUUAUCGUCAGUCUAAUGUGUGAGGACGAGAGGAGUUUAGCCGAAGAUGUGGUCAGUUUGAGAUAUCUGCUUCGACUGACGGAUCUCAGCCUGCAAAGUGUGGGACAGAGAGUGAGUCAGUCACAAGGACAGGAUGACAGGGUUGAGUCCAAGCAGCAGAGUCCUCAUCGCCUGACCUUACAAGGCCUGCAGGCACCUGAUGAUCCUCCAUCCCAGUCAGGCUGUGUUUGUCAGGAGUGUGGGACCGCUGAGAGACGUGCUGCUGCUGCUGGCAGUUUAAGCCCACCCUCCUCUAACUCUAGGUCUGCAUCAGUCAAGUCGAGGUCAGAAGAGAUGGAGCCUGUUUCUUCGAGGAAGAAGGCGGGCUGCGUACGUCAGGAGAACGCCUGCCUGACCAUGCAGGAUGAGCACCUCAUCAGUGACCUUGAUGCUAUGCAGUAUGAACUGCCCUCCUUCAAGUCACAGGUUGGCCUCAGGGGCCCCAGGGUCGGGGUUAGACACAGUGUGGCAGUCAUGAGUGAGCAGAUUCGGCAGCUUCAAGCAGAGCUGGAGGCUCAGACUGAAGAGCUAAAGGCAGUAGAGCUGAGGGCAGAGUGCAGCCAGGAAGAAGCCGCUCACAGCAACAUUGUUAUGGCAACUCUUACUGAGGACCUGAACGCCCUGCGAGAAGAGCUGGACGCCAAGACAGCACUGUGCAAACGGGCGGAGCAACAAAGGAACCAAGCACUUGAAAAUGCAGAGAAACUCAAAGAAGCCUUCAAAGAUUAUAAGGCUACCAUUUCCAUUAAACUUAAGAGGGUGAUGGAGAGUGAGAGCAAACUAAAAGAGAGUCUUAUUGAGUGUGACAGAGAAAAAGAAGAGUUGGAAAUGAAGUGCACUGUGUUUGAGAGAGAAAAGGUUAAACAGAGCCAAACGAUUAGCCAGAUGAUGGAGGAGGUGAGGCAGGCCAAGUCUGCAGCUGCUGGACACCAGGCUCGGCUGGAAGAGACCGAACGAAAGGCCUUCCAUCUGGAACGUCAGCUAAAGGAGCGGGGAGCGGAGUGCAGGGAGCUGGCCUCUUUGCGCAAAGAGCUGGAAGAUGUCCGAACUCUGGCCCAGAGCCAGGAGCAGAGGAUGAACCAGAGCCACAGAGAGGCUCAGCAGAGCCAGGCAGACCUGGCCAGCCUGGAGGCCAUACUGGCCCUGCUGCAUCUACGAGAGGGUGCUGUGGAGCAGCUGUGCGCCAGGCCUUGCGUGUUGCCUCAAGUGGACUAUUCAGGAACAGCACACCUGCUGAAGCUAAAGCCAGGUGAAGGCUACCAGCAGCUGCUACGAGUACUGCACUCGAAGGACGCUGAGCGGACAAAACAGAACAGCCUGAUCGAGCGGCUUCAGGAGCGUCUGAGCAGAGCCCAGGAGGAGAUCUCCACCCUGCAGAGCUCCAUGGCCCAGAGAGCCUCCCACUAUCAGAGCCUCCACACUGAGCUGAUGGACAAAGUCAGCCAAUCCACUGACACAGAAAAAGAGUUGAAAAGAAAAAGUGCACGUGUGGCUUCAAUGGAGAAACAGUUACAGGAGAAAACUUCGGCCUACGGUCAGGCUGCACUGAAGAACACUGAGCUGGAGAGCCAGCUGCUGGAGAAAACCAGCACCAUACAGCAUUACCAGUCACUGAUGACUAAAAAGCAAAGAGAAUAUCAGCAGUCUUUGGAGAAAAGUAAAAAAGCUCAGUCGCAACAUUUCACGGAGCAACAGCACAGAAUAGAAAUGUUGCAGUUGUCAGUGGAGGAGGCUCAGUCUCGGGUGUUGGAGAUGGAGCAGGAGCUCAGCUCGCUCCAGAAGGAGCGUGAUGAGGCUCAGAAAGCUGCUCUCCUGCUACAGAGCUCUGUGGACCAACUCCAACAGCAGAAGCAAGUUGAAGUAAGACACAACGAGGAGUUGCUGCAGAGUUUCAAGGAGCAGGCGGCUCAGUCCGCCACCAAGGUUUGUGAGCUACAGUCGUCUCUGUCAGCGUGCAGAGAAGAGCUGAACUUGUAUCUGCGGCAGAUGGAGGAAGUAGAGAAGAACUAUGAGGGCGAGCUGCAGAAGAAGAGUGACACGGUGUCCUCGCUGCAGGAGAAGCUCCACAGUGCCCGCCUGGUUUGUCAAAGCUCCAGCGAGCAGAACCUGCAGCUGCAGCUUUCUCUCCAGCAGCAGCAGACCAUGCUGACCGAGAGCACUGCGCACAUCUCUGAACUGGAGGAGAGUCAGAGCCGCCUGCAGACACAGGUGUCCAGUCUGGAGCAGCAGCUGGAAAAAGCCCGGGCCUCUCUGCAGGAUGAGGUAAGAAACAGAGAGCAGGACGCCCAGGAGAAGGACAAGCACCUGCAGGAGAUGACCCAGCAGGGCACGAAACUCUCCGAGUCCGUCAGCCACCUGACAUCAGAGAUGACAAAGUGUCGAGCGGAGUUGGCGCAUAAAGAGUCGGAGCUUCAGCGUCUAAGGAGAGACGUCGCCACCAAGACUUCUCAGAUCAGUCGCAUGGACGAAAGACUGCAUCACAUGAAGAGCCAGCUCGACAGCCAGACUGAAAUGUUGGUCGAUCUGGAGGAGACGCUCCAUCUCUGUGAAGCCGACAAGCUCAACUGCGUCCAGCGUGUCGAGAUCUUGGAGGGACAGCUUCAGGUGGUUCGGAGAGAGUUGGCUGACACUCUGGACCAACUACAGACACUCAGAGAUGUUCUGCAAAGAACCCAAACGGUCUCAGACGAGCGGCAAGCAUCAGUGGAAAAACUGACUGUCCAACUUAGUGAGACCCAGAGGGAGUUGGAGGAGAGAACUCAUGAGGUCUUAGAUAUGGACAACGCACUGAAGGAAAGACAGGGGGAGCUCCAACAGAGAGCAAAUCUGCUGGGCCAGCUUGAAGUGGCCAUCAGAGAGCACAAGCAGGAGAUGGAGAGGAAGGUGGAGUCCCUGCAGCAGAGCCUGGAGGACAGAGAGAGAGAGCUGAGAGACACACAGAGGGAGCUCACAGACAGAAACUUGAAGGAGUCACAGGAGCUCGGUCAGCAUCUGCAGGUUUGUCAGCAGAAACGUCAAACUUUGCUGAAAGAACUUGAAGAAACUCAGCAUCACUGCGAGGAUUUGACCAGAGAGCUGGAUGCCACCAAGCUGCAGGCUAAAGAGAAGGAGGCGCGGCUGUGUGGCAUGGAAGAGGAGCUGGCACUGAAGGAGGCCCGCUGGCUGCAGCUGGAGGCCGGACUGCAGAGCAUGGUCGUCUCUUUAGAGCAGGAGCUGGAGCUGGAGAGGGAGCAGCACAGCAAGGAGCUGGACUCCCUGCAGCAGACUCGAGGUCAGCUCCUCAAAGUCUCCUCCACUAUGCGCUCCUCCCAGGAGCAGCUCACUAUUAAACUUCAGCAGAGCCAGAGCCAGCUCAAACAGGCCAGGGCUCAGUGCGAUCGGAUGAAAACCCAGCUGGACCAAACAAAGACUGAGCUGGAUUGCACCCUGAAACAAAUCAGUCACCUGCAGACACAGAAAGACCAGGCUCAGAUGCAGCUCCUUCAGAGUAAAACCCAGUUGGAGCAAAGCAGGAUUCUGUAUGAUCAGACCAGAGACCAGAACAGUCACCUCCAUGCCCAGCUGGAGCAGCUCAGCAACCAGUUAAACCAAGCCAGAGUGCAGGCCACUCACCUCCAGGCCUCAGAGAAGUCCCCCCUGCUCAUCAAGGAGUCUGAGGUGACACAGCACCAAUUCACACACUCCCCUGAGCGCUCCUCCGCUCGCUCCCCUCCUUCCUCCCCCCAGAAUCCUCAGACAGCUCCUCAGACAGUCCCUUUUUCUACCCACGAUCACUUGACUCGACGCUUCUCCCCAACACACACACGAACUUGCUCAUCACCCCCUGCUCACACACACCAUCAUCCCACCUCGGCCCCUCAUCUGUCUAACCAAACUGAGAGCUACAGAAUACAUGAUUGGCUGCAGAGCAGCAGCAUCGACUCCUCCCUGGAUCUCCCUCUGAGCGUGAAGGCCACACUGAAGGAGGCCAUGAGCAAGGAGCCUUGGGAGUCCUCCUCCCCGUCUAUUUCCCUUUUUCCUGACACAGCCGACCACAGCUGGCAGGGCCUCAGUGCCAUCGACGCCACAGCGACCUCUGACCUCUCCUUCAACCCCCUUACAUACAUGCUGGACAAGCAAGAUGGCAGAAACCUCAACACAGAAGUUACCACGCUGCAGGAGAGAGACGACAAGCAGGCUAGAGAGUUGACAAGAGACUGUGUGGGUCAGGAGGAGGAGGAGGAGGAGGAGGAGGUGAACAUGAGUUCACUCACAGGAAUGCUGAGGUUUGUUAACCAGACGUUAGCCAAGCAGGAGGACCCUUCUUUAUGGAGCAGCACGGGGCUAUCAGAGAACGGACACAGCCUCACACUUCAGACGGAGAUCAAGGAGACAUGAAGCUGUGUUACCAAGGAGAUUUCAGAGAGGAAAAGAGCUGUUUACAUCAGUGUCAUGCUCGUAUGUCUGUGUACAUGUAAUACAUUCAUUAACACUGCUCACUCAGUCUGUCCGUUUGUUGUUGUCUUUUUUAUUCAAAUAAAGCUGCAGUAUCUGUCUGUCAGGGCAAACAAACAUCAGAUAGAUGACCACUACUUUAAAGUCUGCAGAUGAUCCACUGUGAGGCUGUUACAUACAGCAUAAAUGUAGCAUGUGUGUUUCAUCUUGUCUAACUGAUAUUUAUGUUUUUACACCAUUUUAAAUAAGCUAAGUGAAUAAAAGAUGUUUUUAUAGAAGUAUUUCUCCUGCAUAUGUUUUGUUUGUGUUUGUGAUUUUUACUUAUUCUCCAGAGAAAUGUAAAGUCCAGCUUUCACUAACAUCUGUGUGGAUGUUCCCAUGCUGUUGGUGACUGUGGGGUCAUGUUACCAGAACAACUGGCAGCUUCCCAUCCAGGAGAAGAAUGUUUGGCUCAGACCGUGAAGGGGGUCUUGCUGGAUCAGAUGGACUGAAGCUGGUUAAAGUGGAUUUGGCAUAGUCAUGUGGCUUACAUAAGAGGAACUUUUGUUAUUAACAUUUCUCUUUGGAAAGUCAAAGCUCUCACUCAAAAGCAGAUGAGAUGUUCAGAUGUUUGUUUGCCCCUGAUCCUGAUCACGACACACCACUCAAGCAUCUUCUUUGUUGUUGGAGCUGUUUGGUCAGAUUCAAUCUGUGUUUGAAGUUUGGUCAGUUUGACAAUUACCCAGGCAUACUAUGUGUAUCCAUAGCAACGCAGCUUGUGCAUGCCCAGUGUUAGCGGCAAACUCAACGGACCAGAUGUGUGUUUGCUCUCAUCCUGUUGAGUGAGGCCUGUAAUGGAUGAGAGAAGAUUACUAAACCAGAUCUGUCUGUAUUUUUCAGCCCACAACAAAGAUACAACAUUUAAAAAACU